AUGGACACGAGGAAUGCUUAUGACCUUAAGGACCAUCUCUAUAAGAGUCCUUCGCAAGCAGACAUCCUCGCCCGGGAAAUCCAAGACACAGUCACGGGACUGACCCAGUGUCAACGAGGCGAGCGCAAACCCCUGUACAGGCCUGUACAGGAUGGCAGCCUUGACGCCAGCCGGCGUCGUGUUGUGACUCACCUUGGACGGGAGGCAUAG